AAAACAGAGAGACGAAAUAAACGCAGCGCUGUCAAACGGUUAAUUGUGCACAACAAAAUAACGCUUUGGAGUCGUCGCUCAGACCAUUUCGGAAAAUUGAGAAGAACCACAGCCUAUGGCAGCAAUUUGAGUUAGUGACCGUCACCACAGCGAGGAAGAAGAAAACAAUCGGAUUGAAUUAAAAGAUACUCUACUGAGUAUUAUGAUAAGUACAAAGCUGGAACACAAAAUGCAACGCUAUUAUGCUGAACGUGAGACCACAGGACCAGAAUUCGACGAUCGCUUGAUAAAACUGGUCCGCGCCAAUCCAGCCAUCUACGACGUCAGCCAUCCGCACUAUCGCCGCAAUCCUGUGAGAGUCGACAUAUGGGAUCGCAUUGCCAACGAACUGGGCACCUCCUCACGCUUCCUGCAGACCAAAUGGAAAAACAUACGCUACAACUAUCUGCAGGAGAUCAAGGCCAUUGAGACCGGCCAAGUAAAUCCGAAUGUGCGAAAGCGACGCUUCACGGAGGAUCUGUCAUUUCUCCAGAACACCGCCCAAACAUACAAUGUAAAGAAAAACCAGACAUUUGCGGCGCCCACCAAUAAUGGGAGCAGUGACAACGACAGCAACAGCUUUCUUUAUCCCGAUCCGGAGCACUUGACGGUCGAUGCGUCCUGCAACUAUGAUAUCAUUGAGCUGGACAACAGUGAGGACGGAUCGAAUAGCGACGACAAUGAAAUCGUACCCGAGCUGCAGCUCAUGGAGCCAAAGAUGGAGGUUUCCAUUGAGGGGGGCUUGAAUGGCACCAAUAGCAGCAGCAAUAAUAGUCGCAACAACACCCACUAUAGCUCACCAGCCUCCUCGCCCCUCCUCACACCAAUGGUUGUCAUGGGCAAUGGGUAUGAACAGGACGAGCAAAGGCAGCAACAGCAACAGCAGGACAUCAAGAACAGCUCCCUCUCGAAUGGAGAAGUUACCAUUGAGCCCAUAUACAAGUCAGGAGCCACAAGACGACCGGCGGCCAGCGAUAUUAUGGGGAAUGCAGCCAAACGUAAGGCCAUGGUCGCCCCUCUGCCUAGCCUGGCGCCCAUCAAUGACCCCAUUGAGCUUUAUUGCCUCUCACUGGUGGAUACUCUGCGCAGCAUGCCCAGGUCGGAGCGGGAACGGGUCAAAUUCGAGUUCGCAAACAUUCUAAAGGACGCCAAGUACAAGGACGAGUCCUAAGGGACUACUGCCUGCGAACGGCGAUCUCUCUAAUCCAUAUGCAAUACGUACAACAUUUGAUUUGAGGCAUACAAUCGAUUAUACACACACUUUUUUUACACACUAGACUAUACACCUAUGUAUUAAUCCAUUUACAUAGCAUUUGUACUUGCUGCGUCUGUCUGCGUUUCUAGGUAUAAGCUUAAGUUAACUUGUAUUUAUAUAUUUAUUACCAAGAGGCAGCCUGAUAAGUCCGUAUCUGUUAAGUUGUAUCAACAGAAAUCCCAAAUAAAGUGUGCACAAAUCAUGCCAGAAGAUGACAUGCCCCCA